AUGUAUCCCUCUUGGGGUAGUAACUAUGGUGGUGGCGGCGGCGGCCAUCAACCACCUUCGCAGCAGCACUUCGGUGCGCCGAGGGGUCAGUCUCCUCAAGGCGAAGGCUUCGGGGGAGGAUUCGGGGGCUAUGGGGCUGCUACAACCGCAGCUGCACCCGGGUCAACUUUCAACAGCCUGCGGGAGCAGCAUCUCCAGCAAAUGCAGCAGCUGCAACAGCUCCACCAAAAACAGCUCCAAUCCGUGCUGCACCACGACAGGGACGUAAAUGCAAACCCCUAUGGCGGCGGUGGUCCUGCGGCCGAGUCGUGGCAAGGCAGCUCGGGAUAUGGGUAUGGUUCAACGGGGCCCGGUACCCCUUCCCCAUAUCAAGAUGAGUAUCAGUCCAUACAAGGGCCUUCCCCUUACCAAGAUGAGUAUCAGUCCAUGCAAGGCCCUUCCCCUUAUCAAGAUGAGUAUCAGUCCAUGGAAGCCGGUGCGCCCAGCCCACAACUUCAGCCGCCGCUGCUGCCACCGCAGCCCAAAGAGGCCCAGCCUCCCCCACCGGAGGCGAACCCACCCCCAUCAGAGGCGAACCCACAGGUACCCACUCAGAACAAUGGUACACCAGCGACUAAAGAGGUAAACAAGAAUCAAUCUUUGGCCCCGAAAGACCAGGCAAAUUCCUCCGUGCCGGAGGAGGAAAAGGCCGAUUUUACGUCAAUUUCGUUGCAGGUAAUAUCGUGAAUGUGUAUUUAGCAUUGGAAGUGCUCGUCCCCCCCCCAGUUGAAAGGAGUAGGCCUCGAUUCCACAGCGCAUGCAAAUGCAACGUACUUCUGCUGCGUUCAAGACAACUCGGAAAUUUCCGAGUUGGAAAGUCGUUGUAGAAAGAUCAGGGAGAACGACUGCCACCCUCUCAUUGAAGAAACGGAAGUUCAAGUGCGACAGCGGUACUACAGGCAUUGAUAACAGAAAACAGGAUCCCCAUUAUAUUGAAUAGAAAAAUGGCGAUCUUCGUGUAAAAACAUAAAUAUAUAUAUAUAUAUACAUGUUUCGAAGACAAUCAUGGUACCAAUACUUGUUUCUAAUACACCAGAUGUAUGUCCUUGAACCGAUUAUUGUAAAAUUGCAGACAAAAUAAGUUGUAAAAUCUAGUUGAUAAUGGCAGUCUGCAGUACCCCGUCGGCCUUUUAACCUGAGUUAUUCAAUGAGAGGGGACAUUAGUGAGCUAGCCUGCAACGUCACUUCCCUGGAGUAACUCAAACUGGGCAUGUUAUGUCUCCAUUAGUGCUGAGCAAUUAACCAAAAUGUCGGUUAUUUUUCGGUUUAAACAACUCAUUAACCAACUUCGGUUCAAUGAUUUUAAUUCCAUUUUGUUCGGGUUUUUUCGGUGAGCUCAAUAAGGAUCCAGCCUGUGCUGUGCGAUGUAGUAGGGAGUUGUAGUUUCCAACAAGCCAAUAUUCUACAUAGUUUAUUGCAUAAAACGUGGUAAUUAACUACAAUGACGAUAAUCCAUUGCACAUCUACUUGUCUGGUCUGUGUUGCUUUUAUGCAGAGACAAGAAUGUGCGAUCUUGAGGGGAUAUAGAAAGCAGCUGUUGCUUCGCCAGGGAGCUCUACCUGAAAAUACAUGAUCAGUGAUUGAUUGUUGGCGUUCAGCAGUCAUAAAAGUAUGCCUUAUUUACUUUGAAGAACUACUAAAAUAGUGUUUUUUUGUCAGACAGCAUAGGCAACAGCUCUAUAGAGAUGAGACGAUGACAUGGAAUGAAAUAGUCAUCAAAAUGAAACAAAUGUAAUAUACACAACUGAAAUAUUUUAUUAAAGUAAUUUGAAUAACUUAUUGUUAAUAAGUGAUCAGCAGUAUUGGGUAGUCACUACCAUCAUUCAUUAAUUGAUUUAUUCUUUAUUACAGUAUUCAACCCAAAUAAUCGAAAUCUAUAUGUAAAAAAAAUAAUAAUUUAUAAACGAAACCGAACCGACUUCAAAAAGCACUGCUCACUCAGCACUAGUCUCCAUGAGAUGCCAUCUUAAAGCUGCAAUAUGUCACUUUUUGGGCAACCUGACCAAAUUCACAUAGAAAUGUGAGUUAUAGAUCUGUCAUUCUCAUUGAAACCAAGUCUAAGAAGCGAUAGAUCUGUUCUAUGUGCGCUAUUUCUAUGCUACCCGUGCUUAAGUUUUUGCAUCUUUUACUUAUGGUUUAAAACAGCUGAAAAUACAGUAUUUUUUUGUAAUGGAAAAUAUAUUUCACAGCAGUUUAGAUGGUACAAUGAUUUUUUACACUAUACUUGCUUCUUUUGUCACAUAAACUGAAAUUAGGCGAAAUACUAGCAUUUUUUGCAACCAGGAGAUGGUGGAGCGAUUUCUGCAUAGUGCAUCUUUAACCGACUUCAUUUUGCUUCAAUACACUAUUGAGUCUUCUCAUAGGAAUGAAUGGUGUCACGUGAUCGAUGGCUUUGUCCAUUCAUAUAUACAGUCAUUGUUGGAAAGUAUCAGAAUCAACCAAUAGGAAGCUCUACUCAAAAAAAACAUAUGCACAUUUUGUCUUUGAGUUUCGGAGUUGUCUUGAAUGCACUGAAAAUCUCAGAAAUGCAAAGUAUAUGAUUUGCAUUUACUCAUUGCAUCAGGGCUACAGGGACGACAGAUGAAAAAUUAGAUAUCUAACUAAAUCUGGUGCAAUGGCGUGUUGGACAUGGUCCCUGACAAAUAAACGAAAAAAGAAAAGUCAUUGUUUUUGCAUGCUAUUGUCAUAGCCUGGUCCCAGAUCUGUUUUAUGCCUGUAUAGCAAACAUCUAUGAUUUGGUCAGUAGGGCUGACCCCAUUUAGUUGAUUGUUUGUUCGAUAGGCUGUUGGUCGACCGAUUUCUUUAGUCGAGCAGUAGCAAAAACACUAUAUCAUGGUGGGGAAGCACCUGUCUGAUUGGCUCCUGUCUUGAGUGGACUGAUCCAUUGUGGAGGCCGUGGGGGUCACCUGUCUGAUUUGGCGCCUGUCUUGAGUGGACUGAUCCAUUGUGGAGGCCGUGGGGGUCACCUGUCUGAUUGGCUCCUGUCUUGAGUGGACUGAUCCAUUGUGGAGGCCGUGGGGGUCACCUGUCUGAUUUGGCGCCUGUCUUGAGUGGACUGAUCCAUUGUGGAGGCCGUGGGGACGCCUGUCUGAUUUGGCGCCUGUCUUGAGUGGACUGAUCCAUUGUGGAGGCCGUGGGGACGCCUGUCUGAUUUGGCGCCUGUCUUGAGUGGACUGAUCCAUUGUGGAGGCCGUGGGGAUGGCACAGUCCAUCACUCUUAAGACGUAAUACUGAAAUUGUGUACGGUUACGUUACGUAAGAACAAUGGCGCGCUGUUGAAUUGGCGCCUUUUCCUAGACCAUGUUGCUAUGUGCAUAAUAGCAAAAGUUAAACCGGCGUAUUGGUGUUGAGAACAAUGCGGCGGAGGCAGCAGCGGAAUGAGGAGAUGAGAAAACAGCCCUUGCCUUAUUGUCUAAGUGAGGAGAGGGGAAACCCCAACUUAAUUAGGUCUAUAAUCAACAGCCUAACUGUUAAAUGGGCCUGGCUUUAUAAAUCAUGAAUAGAUCUACAGAAAUAAGACAGAUCUUGCCUGUUGGAUCUAACUGUAAGUCGCUCUGGAUAAGAGCGUCUGCUAAAUUGCUAAAAUGUAAUUUAAAUGUAAAGAGAGCAAGGGUUGAGGGAAAUAGGGAAUGUUUUUCCUAAACAAAUUAGGGAUUUCGGUAACAGAACUUUUCAGUCAGAAAUGGCUGUUAUUACGUUGCCAGAUUCAGCAACACGGACAGCGCGAUAAACACUGAUGUUCUGUGGCGGUUGCUGCAGCAGGGAGGAGAGCGGGACAAACAACGCUCACUCGCUGUCUGAGCCCUGGCGGCACAAUCAAAUCAAUUACUGUGUCUUAAUUAUUUAAUCAAUGUGCUUAAAGCAUCAGACAAGCUCAGUGAAUAUAGUUGAUUUGAUUAAAACACACCGGAUGUGUCCUAUAUGGAAAAAAUACACGUUAAAAAAUUUAGACCAAUCGAUUGGUUGAAAGAAAUGAUGACUAUUGGUUGACUAAGAUUUUGUUGUUGGUGACAGCCCUAGGUCGAUGACCAUAGGAGUUGGCAAAACGGCAUAAAGAUCUAUCUGGUGUUGUGAUGAGACUCAUAAAGAUUCUGUCUGGGGCCAGGCUGGUUUCUCAUAGUGUUGUGGUGAGAAUCAUCUACCUGCACAAGCUGUCAUCACGUCAUGUCUCAGAGAAGGGCUGUGUAACUAUAGCAACAUGCUAACCUGAAUGUCUGGGAUUGUCAUGUUGAUAUUAUGUUUGCUGUUGUCAUCCAGGAACAGCAGCAGUACUGGUACAAGCAGCAUCUCCAGAACCUGCAGAGGCUGAAAGCAGAGAAGGCUAAACAGGGCCAGGGUGAUGGCCCAACACCCCCGCCUCCCAAACCCCAGCCCCUCUCGGCAGCCGCCCCUCCCCCUCCAUCGGAACCCCCCAAGAGCGCCCCUCCACCGCCCCCACCCAAAGAGGAGCCACCACCGCCACCUCCACCUGACGGUGAAAGGGUAAGGAGAAACACGUCUGAGAUACACUGAGGUUAGUGUUGUAGGUGAGCAUGUGGGUCUGUCAUAGACGUAGUAGAAUGUACAGGAUCUUCCCCAUGAGAAUGAGACGUUUUUUUCAAACGUAUUCAUUCCUUUGCAAUAUCGUCAGAACGUACUCCGAUGAUGUGCUGUAACAAUUCAGUGAUAUGGUAGGUAUUCACGUAUCAGUUCCCCAAUGUCAUUGGGGGGGAAAAAGACAAGUAAAUUAAUAGGUUGGGUGAACUUUCCUAAACGAUACACACCUCAGUCCUUGGAGAGCAGUGUGGAGACAGAAAGAUGUGACCUGUUAAAGACGUGCGCUCUGUGGAAGAUCUUCCAGCUUGAGGACUUUGCCAAUAGGCCAACUCACAUAUUUAGUUUUGUAUUUUAAAGCGUCUUUGAGAUUCCUGCUGUGAUGAAAAGGGCUAUACAAAUCUAUUAUCAUCUCUCCCCCUUGCAGCCUGCCCCACCGACCCAGGACCCAAUAGAGGCGGCCCGGCUGCAGCAGCUCCAGAGCUCAGCAGCUCAGUGGCAGCAGGCCCAGCAGCAGAGAGCAGGCUACCAGUACCAAGCCCUGAUGCAGCAUCAUGCUCAGCUACAGACCAUCCUCAACCAGUACCAGCAGUGUAUCCAACAACCUGCAGAUCUAGAGGUGUUUUUAUGACAUUUUUGUUUUUGAGCAUUUUUCUAUGCACCGAAAAUGUUCAUGAUUCAAGAUUUAUUUCCCCCCCCCCCCUCCUUGUUUUAGAAUAUAGCUGAAGUUGUGAUCAGUUCUGUACCUAUUAAGGUUCUUUUUUAAUUAUUAUAGUAACUAACUUUAUUUGCACAGCAUCUUGCAUGGAUAAAAUACAGUUUGAGUGAUUUGUAGAACAUGUUAUCCUAGCAUGCUCUUUGCUCCUCAGCAAAACGUGUGUCGUCUGUUUGCCGUCGGGGUAUUUUGAAGCAAAAUUCUAAUUUUCUUCGAAAGAUGUCCUCUUCUUUAUAUACGAUGCCUACGCCCAAAUUUCCACAUUGUCUGGACAAAAAAUUUUCUAACUCAAAUCCCCCCCCCCCCCCGUGUAGACGAUGGCUAUGGCCAUGCAGUUGAGGCACUAUGAGAUGCAGCAGCAGAAGUUCGGCCCGGUGUUUGCAGACUGGGGCCGGACCUUCAGCUUGUGGCAAGAGCAGUUCCAGUCCUAUCCUCAUAAGGACCAGCUGCAGGACUAUGAGUUACAGUGGAAACAGUGGCAGGAGCAGAUGAACUCCACCUCGGCACACCUACAGGUACACUACAGCCAGACGACUGUGUGCCUCCCCUCUCCUGCUGUUCAGUAGGAUGUAAUGUUACAGGAUGUUCAGAUAGAAAAGUGUAGUGUAGAACAGGGUUCCCCAACCUGCGGGACGAGUUUGGGCCGCGAGUGAUUUUUAAUUUGGGCCCCCAAAUUUUUUAUGAAUUAAUAAAUAACGACGUAAAAAAUAAAUAAAAAAUAACUGUGUGUUUACAGUUGAAGUCGGAAGUUAACAUACACUUAGGUUGGAGUCAUUAACUCGUUUUUCAACCACUCCACAAAUGUCUUGUUAACAAACUAUAGUUUGGGCAAGUUGGUUAGGACAUCUACUUUGUUCCAACAAUUGUUUACAGACAGAUUAUUUCACUUAUAAUUCACUGUAUCACAAUUUCAGUGUGUCAGAAGUUUACAUACACUAAGUUGACUGUGCCUUUUAAACAGCUUGGAAAAUUCCAGAAAAUGAUGUCAUGGCUUUAGAAGCUUCUGAUAGGCUAAUUGACAUCAUUUGAGUCAUUUGGAGGUGUACCUGUGGAUGUAUUUCAAGGCCUACCUUCAAACUCAGUGCCUCGUUGCUUGACAUCAUGGGAAAAUCAAAAGAAAUCAGCCAAGACCUCAGAAAAAUAAUUGUAGACCUCCACAAGUCUGGUUCAUCCUUGGGAGCAAUUUCCAAACGCCUGAAGGUACCACGUUCAUCUGUACAAACAAUAGUACGCAAGUAUAAACACCAUGGGACCACGCAGCUGUCAUACCGCUCAGGAAGGAGACGUGAUCUGUCUCCUAGAGAUGAACAUACUUUGGUGCGAAAAGUGCAAAUCAAUCCCAGAACAACAGCAAAGGACCUUGUGAAGAUGCUGGAGGAAACUUGUACAAAAGUAUCUAUAUCCACAGUAAAACUAGUCCUAUAUCGACAUAACCUGAAAGGCCGCUCAGCAAGGAAGAAGCUACUGCUCCAAAACCGCCAUAAAAAAAGUCAGACUACGGUUUGCAAAAGCACAUGGGGACAAAGAUAGUACUUUUUGGAGAAAUGUCCUCUGGUCUGAUGAAAGAAAAAAUAGAACUGUUUGGCCAUAAUGACCAUCGUUAUGUUUGGAGGAAAAAGGGGGAUGCUUGCAAGGCGAAGAACACCAUCCCAACCAUGAAGCACAGGGGUGGCAGCAUCAUGCUGUGGGGGUGCUUUGCUGCAUGAGGGACCUGUGCACUUCACAAAAUAGAUGGCAUCAUGAGGAUGGAAAAUUAUGUGGAUAUAUUGAAGCAACAUCUCAAGACAUCAGUCAGGAAGUUGAAGCUUGGUCGCAAAUGGUCUUCCAAAUGGACAAUGACCCCGAGCAUACUUCCAUAGUUGUGGCAAAAUGGCUUAAGGACAACAAAGUCAAGGUAUUGGAGUGGCCAUCACAAAGCCCUGACCUCAAUCCUAUAGAAAAUUUGUGGGCAGAACUGAAAAAACGCAUGUGAGCAAGGACGCCUACAAACCUAACUCAGUUACACCAGCUCUGUCAGGAGGAAUGGGCCAAAAUUCACCCAACUUAUUGUGGGAAGCUUGUGGAAGGCUACCCAAAACGUUUGACCCAAGUUAAACAAUUUUAAGGCAAUGCUACCAAAUACUAAUUGAGUGUAUGUAAACUUCUGACCCACUGGGAAUAUGAUGAAAGAAAUAAAAGCUGAAAGAAAUCAUUCUCUCUACUAUUAUUCUGACAUUUCACAUUCUUAAAAUAAAGUGGUGAUCCUAACUGAUCUAAGACAGGGAAUUUUUACUUGGACUAAAUGUCAGGAAUUGUGAAAAACUGAGUUUAAAUGUAUUUGGCUAAGGUGUAUGUAGACUUACGACUUCAACUGUGUGUAUAUGUAUAUGUGUAUAUACACACACACACACACACACAGUGGGGAGAACAAGUAUUUGAUACACUGCCGAUUUUGCAGGUUUUCCUACUUACAAAGCAUGUAGAGGUCUGUAAUUUUUAUCAUAGGUACUCUUCAACUGUGAGAGACGGAAUCUAAAACAAAAAUCCAGAAAAUCACAUUGUAUGAUUUUUAAGUAAUUAAUUUACAUUUUAUUUAUUUAUUUAUUAUUGGACAUAAAAGACCAGCAAAUCAGCUCCAAUUGAUUUAAUUUUGGAAAUCUGUUUCCGAAGUAUUAACCACGCAUAAAAAUGGAAUAUAUGUGAUUGUAUGCAAAUGUGAGCAAGGUUAGAAGCAAUGUUUAUGUUUUAGUCAUCUGUUUUGGCUUCUUGCGGUCAGUUUGCGGUCCUAAAUGAUUUGUCAUUAUGUUCCGGCCUCCUGACCAGCCGCUCAAGAAACAGUUUGCCUGCAGCUGAAUCUAGUUGAUCCCUGGUGAAGAAGACUCCUAUGCAAUAGGGAGUAGUGUUAGCUCUAGUCAUUGCGUUUCUAUCUGUAACGUUCUGAAUGUUUCACGUUGCUGAAUACACCCUAGCCAGCCUUAAUGUAAAAUGUGAUUGAUUGAUUGAUUGAUUUGCAGGAGAGGGUCACCACCCUGCGAGCCAUGCAGCACCAGUAUGGAGGCAGCAGCAGCAGCGGUCAAUAUGGCAGUACUGGCGCUGACCAGUACAGUAGUAGGGUCCAAUAUGGUAGUGGAGGGUACGGGGACCAGUACAACCAAUAUGGUCAGUACCCCCACUCUGGCCCAGACUCACAGAUUCAACAAGGCCACAUGGUGAGCCCGUCCCAGCCAGGUAGCCAGCCCUCGUCCACCCCUGGACCCAUGUCCCAGGGCCCUCGACCAGGGCAGCACGGCCCCUCCGACGCCCAACGCAUGGGAACCCCCACAGGAGAACCACACCAGGGGCCUCGACCAGGGCAGCACGGCCCCUCCGACGCCCAACGCAUGGGAACCCCCACAGGAGAACCACACCAGGGGCCUCGACCAGGGCAGCAUGGCCCCUCCAACGCCCAACGCAUGGGAACCCCCACAGGAGAACCACACCAGGGCCCUCGACCAGGGCAGCACGGCCCCUCCGACGCACAACGCAUGGGAACCCCCACAGGAGAACCACACCAGGGGCCUCGACCAGGGCAGCACGGCCCCUCCGACGCCCAACGCAUGGGAACCCCCACAGGAGAACCACACCAGGGGCCUCGACCAGGGCAGCAUGGCCCCUCCAACGCCCAACGCAUGGGAACCCCCACAGGAGAACCACACCAGGGGCCUCGACCAGGGCAGCACGGCCCCUCCGACGCCCAACGCAUGGGAACCCCCACAGGAGAUCCACACCAGGGGCCUCGACCAGGGCAGCAUGGCCCCUCCAACGCCCAACGCAUGGGAACCCCCACAGGAGAACCACACCAGGGGCCUCGACCAGGGCAGCACGGUCACUCCAACGCCCAACGCAUGGGAACCCCCACAGGAGAACCACACCAGGGGCCUCAGGCAGAGCAGUACAACCUGUCUGGACCCCCUGGUAGAGGGGCAGGCCCAGGAGGGAGAGGGGCAGGCAGACCACCAGGUCCACCUGGAGGUCAGCCUCCACCCUACCAAGGUCCCAGAGGACCAAGGUAACUUGUGUAUUCAUGACAUAAUGAUAUUCAGACGGUGUUAUUUUGUUUCACUGGAGGGCUACCCUCUUGACCAGGUCUCCCUUUGGGAGAGAUUUUGUUUGUACCUGAACGUGACAACUUGGAUUAAAAUAGGUUAAAUAAAACAUUGCAAUUUCCAUUUUCAGGCUGUUCAGACAUUCAUGUGCUUUCUUUCCACCCAGGUUUGAUGGUCCGAGAGGGAAUGGCCCGCGGUUUGACCAGCAGCAGUCCAGUCAACAGCAGAGGUUCAACGCUCCACCAGGUCCCUGGUUUGACCAGCAGCACCCGAGGUUCAAUCAGCUUGGCCCCAGAGGACCAGGGCCUCGGUUCGGGCAGCAGGGUCCCCAGUUCGACCAGCCCCCGAGACAGAGCCCCCCAGCCCACUUUGAAAGACCACUUGGUCCCUCAGCACCCCAGAUAGGCCCACAGCCUAAACCAGACACUGGCAAAGACACCAAAUUAUCACAGGGUAAGACUGAGACGCCAGCGGGCUCCAAGCCUCCUGGUAUUAAAUCUACUGGGCCAGCUAAACCAGGAGCAGACGGUACAACUAAGCCAGGUGACUUGGCAGAACCAGAGGAUAUGUCAGAAGACAUGAUGGAGACCCCUGAGGGCUUCUUUGUCCAAAACGACCCCAUCCCUCAGACGAAAGCAGAGGCUGCUGCUGCUGCUAGUAAGGACUCCGCUGCCAACAAGGAAGAGGUGAGCCCCCCUGCUGCUGCCGGUGCCAAGCCCCCCGUGUCCACCACCACUUCUGUAUCCCCGAAAACCGCUUCCCCUGCCAAGACCGCUCUCAAACCAGGUGGACCGGCCGGGCCGUUGAAGAACAACGUCAAUAACAACAACGGGCCUCGGGGACCACAGGGGCCGAAGCCCCACGGACCACAGCCGCCGAAGACCGACCCAAUGAACGACCAACCCCCUGGUCUUCUGGGGCCCAUGGUGCGUGGUAGAGGGGGGUGUGGCCAGCCGCUAGGGCCUGUCAGAGGACGAGGGGAAGCGGAUGGAGGGAUGCUGGGAGGUAGAGGACGAGGGGAGGCAGGUGGAGGGAUGCUGGGAGGUAGAGGACGAGGGGAAGCAGGUGGAGGGAUGCUGGGAGGUAGAGGACGAGGGGAGGCAGGUGGAGGGAUGUUGGGAGGUAGAGGACGAGGGGAGACAGGUGGAGGGAUGCUGGGAGGUAGAGGACGAGGGGAAGAGGAUGGAGGGAUGCUGGGAGGUAGAGGACGAGGGGAGGCAGGUGGAGGGAUGCUGGGAGGUAGAGGACGAGGGGAAGCAGGUGGAGGGAUGCUGGGAGGUAGAGGACGAGGGGAGGCAGGUGGAGGGAUGCUGGGAGGUAGAGGACGAGGGGAGGCAGGUGGAGGGAUGUUGGGAGGUAGAGGACGAGGGGAGACAGGUGGAGGGAUGCUGGGAGGUAGAGGACGAGGGGAAGUGGGUGGAGGGAUGCUGGGAGGUGGAGGGAUGCUGGGAGGUAGAGGACGAGGGGAAGCGGGUGGAGGGAUGCUGGGAGGUAGAGGACGAGGGGAAGUGGGUGGAGGGAUGAGGGGGCGAGGUGGUUUGAGGGGACGUGGAGGAAAACAGCCCGGUAUCCCAGACUUCAGUCCCAAUACUAUCCCUCUGGGAGGUGGGAGGACGGAGGACGACAUGGAGGGGGUUCCUUAUGACUACAGACCUCCACAUGAAGAGAUGAGAUCACAACAUGGACGACAGGAGGAAGACUGGCAGGAGUGGCAACAGGACCCUCCACUGGAGAAACCUGGAGGGCCUACCCUGCCUGAAGAGGAGAUGUGGGUCCCUGAAGAGCACCACUACCCUCCAGAGGACUACUACGAAGACCCAGGGAGAGGAGGUCCCCCUAUGGGGAGAGGAGAGCCUCUAGACGGGCAUCACUGGGAGGAAGCAGACCCCCAACCUCCAGAGUACUGGGGAGAGGAAGGAGAUCCAUACUGGAUGGACCAGAGGCCCCCUCCUCAUGGCAUGAGAGGAGGCCCCAGAGCCCCCUUCCCUCCUGGGCGUGGUCGCCCCCCACGGGGCAGGCCCGGCUUCAUGCACCAUUGGGGUCCCAGACGCCCUCUUCCUCACGGAGCCAUGGACCCCCAUGACCCUCUAGGGUCCCCCAUGGGGCCUGACGAUGACAUGGACCCUCUGGGACCCCCGCUGCAUCGGGACUACGACACCCGCAGGCCGCCCAUGCACCACGAUAUGAUGGAGAGAGACAUGAGGGGGCGGCCGCCUCCACCUAGGGAGAUGAUGGGGCCUGGUGGUCAUCCUCCAUACCACGACAUGGAGAGGGACCCUGGCUGGCCCCCAGGCCCUGGACGACCCCCCCACCUCGGCAGAGAUGGGCCAAGAGGUCCCCCUCCGCCUCCCCAUGAGAUGAUGGAGCGGGGAGGGAUGAGGAGGCGUCCGAUGGGCCCUCGGGGCACUCCAAUGGGCAUGAGCCGGGGCAUGAUGCGGCAACCACCUCACCCACUCGAGGACUUGGAGGGGUACCCCCAUGAGGGGUAUGGGGAGGAGUUUGGUGGUCCCAGUGAUGAUGGGUAUGGAAGACCGCUGCCGCCACGUGACUGGCCGGACCACCCCACACAUGAGUACGACUGUGAGGAGGAGUAUUAUCCCCAUGAGCCGCCUCCUCGUGUUGGGGAGUGGGACAGGGAGAGAGGAGGACCACUAUCAGAGAGGGACUAUUCUCCCUACCCUCCCCGCGGCCCUCCACCUCCCCCAGACCGCUUCCGAGAGGACGAGUGGGCCGAUGAGAGAGACGGAGACCGUCCUCCAUACCCCUACGAGGGAGACGAGCGUGGUAGAGGAGGAGAGCUCCGAAGUCGUGACUACCUGGACGACCCUUCAUACAGGCACAAUGAACCCCCCUACCCGCCCCCUGCAGAGUGGGAGAGACCCAGACCACCCCUUCCAGAGAGAAACUACCCCCCAGACUUUGAGGACCGUAGGCCCCAUUACGAUGGGCGACCCGAGCCCCUUAGAUCAGAUCUAGGUAUCCCUCCACUCCCACCUUCCCAGGCCCCUGCUCCCAGUACUGGACCAGACGGCUCUCAGGAACCAGCCUCACAGGGAACUGGACCGGGCAUACUGGCGCUGUCACAACGACAACAUGAGAUCAUCCUGAAAGCUGCCCAAGAGCUGAAGCUCAUCAGGUAAAUUAUAGAGACGCUGCUUUUCCCCCUAAAAUAGAAACUGUCUUUGGAUAUAUAUAUAUAUAUAUAUAUAUAUAUAUAUAUAUAUAUAUAUAGUGGCCAUACAAAAGUUUGGCCUCACUUAGAAAUAGUACCCGCAAAACACCAGUCUCAACGUCAACAGUGAAGAGGCGACUCCGGGAUGCUGACCUUCUAGGCAGAGUUGCAAAGAAAAAGCAAUUUCUCAAACUUAAUCUUUUAUUUUUAUUGACCAGUCUGAGAUAUGGCUUUUUUCUUUGCAACUCUGCCUAGAAGGUCAGCAUCCCGGAGUCGCCUCGUCACUGUUGACGUGGAGACUGGUGUUUUGCGGGUACUGUUUAAUGAAGCUGCCAGUUGAGGACCUGUGAGGCGCCUAUUUCUCAAACUAGACACUCUAAUGUAUUUGUCCUCUUGCUCAGUUGUGCACCGGGGCCUCCCACUCCUCUUUCUAUUCUGGUUAGAGCCAGUUUGCGCUGUUCUGUGAAGGGAGUAGUACACAGCGUUGUACGAGAUCUUCAGUUUCUUGGCAAUUUCUCGCAAGGAAUUGCCUUCAUUUCUCAGAACAAGAAUAGACUGACGAAUUUCAGAAGAAAGUUAUUUGUUUCUGGCCAUUUUGAGCCUGUAAUUGAACCCACAAUUGCUGAUGCUCCAGAUACUCAACUAGUCUCAAGAAGGCCAGUUUUAUUGCUUCUUUAAUCAGCACAACAGUUUUCAGCUGUGAUAACAUAAUUGCAAAAGGGUUUUCUAAUGAUCAAUUAGCCUUUUAAAAUGAUAAACUUGGAUUAGCAAACACAACGUGCCAUUGGAACACAGGACUGAUGGUUGCUGAUAAUGGGCCUCUGUACGCCUAUGUAGAUAUUCCAUAAAAAAUCUGCAGUUUCCAGCUACAAUAGCCAUUUACAACAUUAACAAUGUCUACACUGUAUUUCUGAACAAUUUGAUGUUAUUUUAAUGGACAGAAAAUGUGCUUUUCUUUUGAAAACAAGGACAUUUCUAAGUGACCCCCAACUUUUGAACAGUAAUGUGUGUGUGUGUGUGUGUGUGUGUGUGUGUGUGUGUGUGUGUGUGUAUAUAUAUAUAUACACACACACACACACACACACACACAGCUCUGGAAAAAAUUAAGAGACCACUGCAAAUCUUUCUUAAAUCAGCAUCUCUACAUGUACGACAGCCAUUCCAUUCCAACACAGGCACACCUCAUUCUACUGAAUUAGGUACUGACUAGGUGAUCACCUGAACCAAAUCUUAUUUAAUGAGGAAAAGUAUAAAAACCACUGCUGUGGUCAUCACUAUCCUCUUGCAAUAGGACCAGCGAGAUGGCAAAAACAGUGCUAUUAGUACCUCAAAAGUAAUAUUAAUCAAACAAUAACUAUUGACCAUGCCAAAAGAGUUGAAAAGGAAAGUUUUGAGUGAGGAAAAGAAGGGUUCAAUUCUGGCUUUACUGGCAGAGGGAUACAGUGAGCAUCAGGUUGCUUCCAUCCUUAAAAUUUCAAAGACGGCGGUUCAUAAGAACAAGGUCAAGCAGCAGACAUUGGGGACAACAAAGCUACAGACCGGCAGAGGGCGAAAACGACUCUCUACUGACCGGGAUGACCGCCAACACAUUCGAAUGUCACUCAACAACCGUAGGUUGACAUCAAGUGACCUACAAAAAGAAUGGCAAACGGCAGCUGGGGUGAAGUGCAUGGCGAGGACGGCUCGAAACAGGCUCCUAGGGGCAGGGCUGAAGUCGUGCAAAGCUAGAAAAAAGCCCUUCAUCAAUGAGAAGCAAAGAAGAGCCAGGCUGAGGUUUGCAAAAGACCAUAAGGAUUGGACCGUAGAGGACUGGAGUAAGGUCAUCUUCUCUGAUGAGUCAAAUGUUCUGCUUUGUCCAACACCUGGUCGUCUAAUGGUUAGACGGAGACCUGGAGAGGCCUUCAAGCCACAGUGUCUCGCACCCACUGUGGAAUUUGGUGGAGGAUCGGUGAUGAUCUGGGGGUCCUUCAGCAAGGCUGGAGUCUGGCAGAUUUGUCUUUGUGAUGGACGCAUGAAUCAAGCCACGUACAAGGUUGUCCUGGAAGAAAACGUGCUUCCUUUUGCUCUGACAUUGUUCCCCAACUCUGAGGAUUGUUUUUUCCAGCAGGACAAUGCGCCAUGCCACACAGCCAGGUCAAUCAAGGUGUGAAUGGAGGACCACCAGAUCAAGACCCCUGUCAUGGCCAGCCCAAUCUCCAGACCUGAACCCCAUUGAAAACUUCUGGAAUGUGAUCAAGAGGAAGAUGGAUGGUCACAAGCCAUAAAAAAAAGCCGAGCUGCUUGAAUUUUUGCGCCAGGAGUGGCAUAAAGUCACCCAACAUCAAUGUGAAAGACUCUCCUGAGUGGCGCAGUGGUCUAAGGCACUGCAUCGCUGUGCCACUAGAGAUACUGGUUCGAAUCCAGGCUCUGUCGCAGCCGGCCGCCACCGGGAGACUCGUGGGCGGCGCACAAUUGGCCCAGCGUCGUCCAGGGUAGGG